UGGGUCAACACGGAAGUGGUCACACUUUAAAACGGAAGUCUACUCUAUUUCCCAAUAGCGUACUUCCUGUUUUUUUUUUUUUCGUAUUCUCUUUGCAGUCGACAGGAGCGUUUGAUUCGGGCAAACAAAUUUCCAUUGGGAGGGGGUUCCUUACACUGGGCGGUCACUUCUUGAAGCAAACAUUUGCUCCAAAGAGCUCCACAGAGACUGCCAUUAGUUUCCUUUCCACUGUGCGUCUGCGGCUCUGCUGACAUCAGACAGGAAGGCACGCGGCGAGUGGCGGCUCAACCGAAACAGGAAACUGCUGCAUCGUCGACAUCACUGGCCUGGGAAUGACUGAAUUCUGGGUUUGUUUCAGCUGCUGUAUUGCAGAGCAGCCACAACCUAAACGGCGGCGACGGAUCGACCGCUCCAUGAUCGGCGAGCCAACAAACUUUGUCCAUACCACACACGUAGGCUCGGGUGACAUGGGCCUGGGAUUGGCCUCUGUUGACCUGGUUCAAGCCCAGAUGAAGUCCAAAGGCGGCUACGUACACGGCGGCUCUGAAGGCUCACAAUUAUGAGCCCUUCAGUGUGGAGGAAACUACUACUGUUAAUACGUGGAAGCAGUUCAGUCCUUCCAGGACGCAGGACCAAAAGAUAAAAGUACUGCUUUUCCAUAAUGUUGUAUAUAUUUUUAUUUUCCAUUAUUUUUGUUUAAAAAAAAGCACUGCUAUCCAUUUGCUGCCAUGCUGUUGCACUGUAAAGAGUACCAGUUGAAGAGUAGAGAGGGGGAAGAGGAGGCUUUAUUUAGUACGCUCAUCAUCUCAGACAAACGUAUGCUUGUGUGUGUGUGUGUGUGUGUGUGUGUGUGUGUGUGUGUGUGUGUGUGUGUGUGUGUGUGUGUGUGUGUGUGUGUGUGGUUGGUUGUAGGUCGUAUAUGCAUGAGGAAAACUGUCGCUCUUGUAGCUCACAUGGAUGCCUGUAUUUAUUAUUGCAUUUGCAAACGGACCUCACAGUGGCUGGGCCGCUGGAGACGUGGAACCUUCUGUUUCCGUCUUUUUUUUUUUUUUCCUCAGAGGUUUGACAAAGGACAGGUGGAGGUAGCAAAGCAUGUUAGUUUUUGUUUUUCCUUUUUUUUUAUUCAGAGAAAUCUUAUGAUCCUCUGAGUCAUCUUCAGGGUUGAAGAUUGCUGUUUUCUACUAAACUUGAAUUGAGUCACGUACACUGGGCCAUAUACUUUGUACACUCGCACCCGCUUAGAAAUUACGCUUUAUUUUAUACUCAUUUAGAUUAAAAUCAUGUAGAAUUUUAAUAAACUGAACUUCCUUAUCUGUCGUCAUUUUUUAUUAUCUUUAUUAUCUAAGUAUUUUUUAAGCAGAGGCUUAAGUUGUGUGAACUGAAGUGAACUUGAAAGUAUCACCACUGCACACAAGUGAGUGGUCAGGUUCCACAUAGAUGCUGAUAUUAUCCUCUUUGGAUGUAGUCAUUGUUUGUUUUUGUAUUUCUUUAAUCACCAAGGAGUUUAUAUAUUUUUAAUUUGUCAGCGGGAUAUCACAACAAAACUGCUUUUGAAGGGGCAGGGCAUGCGCCAAGGAAGAACAUGUUUUUUUGUGGAUCCAGCAUAUUUGUUUUAGGUGUGGUGUUUAUCUUUUUCUUUUGAUGACAAUAUUAAAGCACAGAAGGGGGGUGGGUAUCAAAGAAUUGUAGACUUUAAUAUGCUGAUACAAAUUAGGAUUGUUCAGCAUUUACUAACAAUUGCUCUCCACUGAGUGCCAUGGUACCAUGUUUUCCUCAAAUAGUGGCAAAGGGUGGCAUAUUUACUCAAAUGCAAAUUUUCAAACGUUUCGUUCGGCAUUUAUUUAGGUCAUUGCUUGCCAUUGUCGGCGCUAGACAUCCAAUCCAUUUUGACUUGAGAGAGGCUGGCUACUAAUCUCUGUCAGACCUCCCAGUUAAUAGCACUGAAACGUGAGCAUUGACACCAGGCCCGCCAGUUUAAAUAUUAUAUAUUUUAUUAUUUUAACUAUUCUUU